AUGCAAGCCCUGAGCCUGCGGCCGCUAGAGCGCGAGCGCAUCACCGCCGCCGGCGGCCGCGUCACGCGCCUGGCCACCGACCGGCUGGGCAACCCUGCGGGCCCCUUCCGCGUCUUUGUGCCCAACUGCUGGUCGCCCGGCCUCGCCCUCAGUCGCGCGUUUGGCGACACACUGGCCGCGUCUGUGGGCGUCACCGCCCAGCCUGAGCUCACUGUUCUGCCGCUGCCCGCGCCGCCCGACCCAGUCGCGCCCGCCGCCCUCGCCGCCGCCGCCGGCAUCUCCAACGGUACCGCCGCCAGCUACUGCUCGGCGGACGGCGGUACCAUGGCGGUACCUGCCCCCGGCGAGCGCCACGUGCUCAUCGUGGCCUCAGACGGGCUGUGGGAGUGGAUCAGCAACGCGACGGCCGUGGGCAUCGCGUCAGGCGCCGCCAGCGCUGAGGACGCCGCGCACGCGCUGGUGGAAGCUGCCCAGAAGCAGUGGGCGAUACGGUACCGCGGUCGCAAUUGCGACGACAUCACCGUGGUGGUUGCCUUCCUGGAGAGGGGCGCUUAG